CUAAGGAGACAGAGUAGAGUGGCAUAUGAUCACCCAGAUCAUCUGAGAGCGGGACAUUUUCCCGGAGCAGGGUGGAAGGAGUGUCAAGGUGACUGUGAGAUGACAGACACGUAGGGGAGCCCCACAGAAGACCCCCAAGACACCCUCUCUGUUGCCAUCAGCCUGAGUCAUCCUCUCUCUGAAAAACUUCCAGGACUGAAGUUCGAGUUGGAAGCACGCAUUCUCCUUGGUGAAGUCCAUCCUGUCCCAGGAGGGCUUCUCUAGGUCUCUCCUCUGGCUCCCCCUCCUCGGGUCCUCGUGGCUCUCUGUCAUGUGAAGUGGGGGGUCAGGAGCGCACAAAUGUUUAUACUCCACGUGAGUCACUUGCACAGAUGACGGGUGAUGUUUUCCUCGCCAAGGCUGAUGGCACCGGGCCCCUCUGCCGUUCCAGCCUCAGUCACGCCUCCAGUCUGUUAGCAUUUAGAGCCGCUGAACUUUCGCAUUGGUCAGGGGCGCGGGCAGCUUGCUGACCUUUUCUGGGAGUCGUGGCGGACGGAGUGGAGCCGUCUGUCUCGUCACAGACAGGCGGGGCUGCGGCUGGGGAUGGCCGCCGCCCACUCUCCCUCAGAAUGGCCCUCAGUGGGGCUUCCUGACCCCUCAGCCCCGGUAAGAAGCUUGUGUGCACUGCAGGGAGAGGCGGCAGCUGGAAAAGUGUUAAGGCCACAGCGGUUUUUCCAGAGGCUCGUCUGGAAUGCUGUGGAUGGAUCUGAGGCUCCUGACAUCCGAGGCCCCUCCUGGUGGGGAGAGCCAGAAACCCAAGACACUGCCGUCAGUUAAAGACUCGAAGUUCACAUUUUAAAAAGUGCAAGGAGACACCCGGUUUUAGAACUGUUCUAGGGCUUUGGAUCACUUCUCGUGGGUUGGGAAGCCGACCAUGGAGAUGAGGCCAGCCUGGGGCCGGAGGAGGGGUGCCUGCCCUGACAGCAUGGCCGACAAGAACGGGGCCCUCAAGUGCACCUUCUCGGCGCCCAGCCACAGCACCAGCCUCCUGCAGGGCCUGGCCACUCUCCGUGCUCAGGGCCAGCUCCUCGAUGUUGUGCUGACUAUUAACAGAGAGGCCUUUCCUGCACACAAGGUCGUCCUGGCUGCCUGCAGCGACUACUUCAGGGCUAUGUUCACUGGCGGCAUGCGGGAGGCAAGCCAGGACAUCAUCGAGCUGAAGGGCGUGUCGGCCCGUGGCCUGCGGCACAUCAUCGACUUCGCCUACAGCGCUGAGGUGACACUGGACCUGGACUGUGUGCAGGACGUGCUGGGCGCGGCUGUGUUCUUGCAGAUGCUGCCCGUGGUGGAGCUGUGCGAGGAGUUCCUGAAGGCGGCCAUGAGCGUGGAGACCUGCCUCAACAUCGGCCAGAUGGCCACCACCUUCAGCCUGGCCUCGCUGCGGGAGUCGGUGGAUGCCUUCACCUUCCGGCACUUCCUGCAGAUCGCUGAGGAGGAGGACUUCCUGCGCCUGCCGCUGGAGCGCCUGGUCUUCUUCCUGCAGAGCAACCGGCUGCAGAGCUGCGCCGAGAUCGACCUGUUCCGCGCAGCCGUCCGCUGGCUGCAGCAUGACCCGGCCCGGCGGCCGCGCGCCAGCCACGUGCUCUGCCACAUUCGCUUCCCGCUCAUGCAGUCGUCCGAGCUGGUGGACAGCGUGCAGACGCUGGACAUCAUGGUGGAGGACGUGCUGUGCCGCCAGUACCUGCUGGAGGCCUUCAACUACCAGGUGCUGCCCUUCCGGCAGCACGAGAUGCAGUCUCCGCGCACCGCCGUGCGCUCGGACGUGCCCUCGCUGGUCACCUUCGGCGGCACGCCCUACACCGACAGCGACCGCUUGGUCAGCAGCAAGGUCUACCAGCUGCCCGAGCCGGGCGCCCGCCACUUCCGCGAGCUCACGGAGAUGGAGGUAGGCUGCAGCCACACGUGCGUGGCCGUGCUGGACAAUUUUGUGUACGUGGCGGGGGGCCAGCACCUGCAGUACCGCAGCGGCGAGGGCGCAGUGGACGCCUGCUACCGCUACGACCCCCACCUGAAUCGCUGGCUGCGCCUGCAGGCCAUGCAGGAGAGCCGCAUCCAGUUCCAGCUGAACGUGCUGUGCGGCAUGGUGUAUGCCACGGGCGGCCGCAACCGAGCCGGCAGCCUGGCCUCCGUGGAGCGGUACUGCCCCCGGCGCAAUGAGUGGGGCUAUGCCUGCUCGCUGAAGCGCCGUACCUGGGGCCACGCUGGGGCCGCCUCAGGGGGCCGCCUCUACAUCUCGGGUGGCUACGGGAUCUCAGUGGAGGACAAGAAGGCCCUGCACUGCUACGACCCCGUGGCCGACCAGUGGGAGUUCAAGGCACCCAUGAGCGAACCCCGCGUGCUGCACGCCAUGGUGGGCGCCGGCGGCCGCAUCUAUGCCCUCGGGGGCCGCAUGGACCACGUGGACCGCUGCUUCGACGUGCUGGCUGUGGAGUACUAUGUGCCCGAGACGGACCAGUGGACCAGCGUGAGCCCCAUGCGGGCCGGCCAGUCAGAGGCCGGCUGCUGCCUGCUGGAGAGGAAGAUCUACAUUGUCGGGGGCUACAACUGGCGGCUCAACAACGUCACGGGCAUCGUACAGGUGUACAACACGGACACCGACGAGUGGGAGCGGGACCUGCACUUCCCGGAGUCCUUCGCGGGCAUAGCCUGCGCCCCCGUCCUGCUGCCCCGGGCCGGGACCAGGAGGUAGCCCUCAAGACCCCCAGGACCCUGGCCUGACCGAAUGUUGUCUCCAAGUGGGGCUUGGCGAGUGCACGUCUGCCUGAGAACCCCAGUGCCCUCCUUCGCCCAGGCUGCCCUUGAGGGGCCUGCCGUGUUGAUAAGCCCCCCUCCCAGGGGUCCCUCCCUCCCUCCUUCCCAAAGCAGAUCCUGGCUCCGAGUCCAUCCAAGGGAGCCUGCCUGCGAAGCGUCUGACGUGGUGGCGGCAAAUUCGUCCCUGGGGUGGUUUCCUCGCCUGGCCCCCGAGUCCCCGCGGGCUGGCGGGUGGAAUCCCAGGUCUCCAGGCGGUCCCCGUGCAGCUCCAUCUCACUUCUUUACCGCCUCCCAGCCCCCACGGUUUCAGGCAUUCAGAUGUGAGCUCAUCAGCAUUGAACCCAAAGUCGGUGGUAUAUGACUCACCCUCCUUCCAAGUCUCCUGUGCGCGUGUUUUUAAAAUAAACUCACCCGAAACGUCCAUAACACACGGACCUCCAGGAGCAGUGAGAGGUGUCUUAGAAGCCCCUGGUUUGGGGUGGGUGGAGGACGAGGGCACGUGUCUGCCUCCCCUGGGGUGCCCUCCUUCCCCCAUCCCAAGCUGCUGAGGGGAGGCCCUGGUCAUGUCUCAGUUCCUGUUUUCAUCUGCUUUCCGGAGGAAAAACCAUAUCAACUUCUAGAAACGGUCCUUAGGGGCUUUGGACCUUCCAUUUGGCACUGAGCAUCUUGUGGGGCCUUAACUGGCUGAGACAUCCCGGCCCUCUGCAUUUGCCCUGUUGGCCGGGCGGUCCCCUUCCCGCAAUUGGAGGGCAACGCUAACUUCAGAAUCCCAUAGUGUCACUUGCCGCAGAUCUGGUGGGGCGUCUUUUUUCUCCUCCCUGCUUUCCACCCCUUUGCACCCCGCCACUCCCUGGCCUGCCCUGUUUUUGGGUCAACAUUGCUACGGAGCCAGCAGUGAGGCCUUUCCCUUCAAGGGCUCUGUGGCAUCUCUGGCCACAUUUGUUUUAAUGUCUGAACCUCUAAACCUUUUCUUUUUGAUUGGUUUUACUGUGUUUUUUGUUUGUUUGUUUUAAGAAGCCAGCACUGUUGUCUCAUAGAUGGGAUUUGUACUCUUGGGGCAACUUAAAGUGUCUCUCUCGCUGCUAACAGACGAUUGAUGUCUUGUCUCUGUGACCCACUCACCAUGUAAAGAAUUAACCUCCUAUCUUAGCAGACGUCGUCUCCUAAUAUUUCCCUUUAUUUAAUAAAAAUGUUAUGGUGAAGAGA